CGAGUUGAUUCACUUACUCACCCCCUAACGCCGAGUUCCUUUUCACUGUCUGUGGACAUUAAAAAAGCGAGCGGCGGCGGCGGGCGCCCGGGAGAGCAAGCGGCCGGGCGGCGGGCUGGAGGUGAUCAGCGAUCGGGCGGCCGAGCGAGCGAGCAGUGCCGGCGCAGCGCGGUGACCCUAGCCCCGGCCGGCGCAGAGCAGGAGCCGGAGCCGGAGCCGAGCCGAUCUCGGCGCCCUCGCCGCGCUCCUCCCGGCCCCUGCCGGCCCUACCCGGUGGUGGCGGCGGCGCGUCCUCCAGCGGCGGCAGCGGUGCUCGCAGAGCCCGGACUCGCAGUGACUGCGUUGGAUAGAGCAGGGCUGGGGCCGCCGUCCCCUACACCCGCGACCUGAGUCCUGGUCCAUUGGCAGAAACCUCAGCAGGAGGAAGAAGGGGCCCGUGGCAUCAGACCAAUGCUGCAAGGUGUGUGAGGGAAGCAGAGGAGCCUCCCCCGUCACUGAGCUGCCAGACCCUGAAAGGAGGAUGGAGCUGGAGUGAAGUGGAAGGGCUGCCAGCUGCUGACCAGCACGUGGGACACUGGUGACUUGCAGAUCACAGAGGCUGGACCACGUUCAUGGCUCUCGGGUAGAGCCCAGCAAAGCGGCCAGGAUGAACUCCAUGGACAGGCACAUCCAGCAGACCAACGACCGGCUGCAGUGCAUCAAGCAGCACCUACAGAAUCCUGCCAACUUCCACAAUGCCGCCACGGAGCUGCUGGACUGGUGUGGAGACCCKCGAGCCUUCCAGCGGCCUUUCGAGCAGAGCCUGAUGGGGUGUCUAACGGUGGUCAGCCGAGUGGCAGCCCAGCAAGGGUUUGACCUGGACCUCGGCUACAGACUCCUGGCCGUGUGUGCCGCCAACCGAGACAAGUUCACUCCCAAGUCUGCCGCCCUGCUGUCCUCCUGGUGUGAGGAGCUUGGCCGCCUGCUGCUGCUCCGACAUCAGAAGAGCCGUCAGAGCGACCCCCCCGGGAAACUCCCCAUGCAGCCCCCCCUCAACUCCAUGAGCUCCAUGAAACCCACUCUGUCGCACAGUGAUGGGUCAUUCCCCUAUGACUCUGUCCCUUGGCAGCAGAACACCAACCAGCCUCCCGGCUCCCUGUCCGUGGUCACCACGGUUUGGGGAGUGACCAACACAUCCCAGAGCCAGGUCCUUGGGAACCCUAUGGCCAAUGCCAACAACCCUAUGAAUCCAGGCGGCAACCCCAUGGCGUCGGGCAUGACCACCAGCAACCCCGGCCUCAACUCCCCGCAGUUCGCUGGACAGCAGCAGCAGUUCUCGGCCAAGGCCGGCCCCGCCCAGCCCUACAUCCAGCAGAGCGUGUAUGGCCGGCCCAACUACCCCGGCAGCGGGGGCUUCGGGGCCAGUUACCCUGGGGGUCCCAGUGCCCCUGGCGGCAUGGGCAUCCCUCCGCACACCAGGCCACCUGCUGAUUUCACUCAGCCGGCAGCUGCUGCUGCAGCAGCUGCAGUAGCAGCAGCGGCAGCCACAGCCACUGCCACGGCCACGGCCACUGUGGCAGCAUUGCAGGAGACGCAGAACAAGGACAUUAACCAAUAUGGACCGGUCUGUUCCUCUUUCCAGAUGGGUCCCACCCAGGCGUAUAACAGCCAAUUCAUGAACCAGCCCGGGCCUCGGGGGCCUGCCUCCAUGGGGGGCAGCAUGAACCCUGCCAGCAUGGCGGCUGGCAUGACACCCUCGGGGAUGAGCGGCCCUCCCAUGGGCAUGAACCAGCCCCGGCCGCCCGGCAUCAGCCCCUUUGGCACACACGGGCAGCGGAUGCCCCAGCAGACCUAUCCAGGCCCCCGACCCCAGUCCCUUCCCAUUCAGAGCAUAAAGAGGCCAUACCCCGGAGAGCCCAACUAUGGAAACCAGCAAUACGGACCAAACAGCCAGUUCCCCACCCAGCCAGGCCAGUACCCCACCCCCAAUCCCCCACGGCCACUCACCUCUCCCAACUACCCUGGGCAAAGGAUGCCGAGCCAGCCCAGCACCGGGCAGUACCCGCCCCCCACGGUCAACAUGGGGCAGUAUUACAAGCCAGAACAGUUUAAUGGACAAAAUAACACCUUCUCGGGGAGCAGCUACAGUAACUACAGCCAAGGGAAUGUCAACAGGCCUCCCAGGCCAGUUCCUGUGGCAAAUUACCCACACUCGCCCGUUCCAGGGAACCCCACGCCCCCCAUGACCCCUGGGAGCAGCAUCCCUCCCUACCUGUCCCCCAGUCAAGAUGUUAAACCGCCCUUCCCACCUGACAUCAAGCCAAAUAUGAGCGCUCUGCCGCCACCCCCAGCCAACCACAAUGACGAGCUGCGGCUCACGUUCCCUGUGCGGGAUGGCGUGGUGCUGGAGCCCUUCCGCCUGGAGCACAACCUGGCUGUCAGCAACCACGUGUUUCACCUGCGGCCCACGGUCCACCAGACGCUCAUGUGGAGGUCCGACCUGGAACUGCAGUUCAAGUGCUACCACCAUGAGGACCGGCAGAUGAACACCAACUGGCCCGCCUCGGUGCAGGUCAGUGUCAACGCCACGCCCCUCACCAUCGAGCGUGGGGACAACAAGACCUCACACAAGCCGCUGCACCUCAAGCACGUGUGCCAGCCGGGCCGCAACACCAUCCAGAUCACCGUCACCGCCUGCUGCUGUUCCCACCUCUUCGUGCUGCAGCUGGUGCACCGGCCUUCUGUGCGCUCCGUGCUGCAAGGCCUCCUCAAAAAGCGCCUCCUACCUGCAGAGCACUGCAUCACAAAAAUCAAGCGAAACUUCAGCAGCGUGGCUGCCUCCUCGGGCAACACCACCCUCAACGGGGAGGACGGCGUGGAGCAGACGGCCAUCAAGGUAUCUCUGAAGUGCCCCAUCACAUUCCGGCGCAUCCAGCUGCCUGCCCGAGGCCACGACUGCAAACACGUCCAGUGCUUUGACCUGGAGUCCUAUCUACAAUUGAAUUGUGAGCGAGGGACCUGGAGGUGUCCUGUGUGCAAUAAAACUGCUCUGCUCGAGGGCCUGGAGGUGGAUCAGUACAUGUGGGGGAUCCUGAACGCCAUUCAACACUCUGAGUUUGAAGAGGUCACCAUUGACCCCACGUGCAGCUGGCGGCCAGUGCCCAUCAAGUCAGACCUACACAUUAAGGACGAUCCUGACGGCAUCCCUUCUAAGCGGUUCAAGACCAUGAGCCCCAGCCAGAUGAUCAUGCCCAACGUCAUGGAUAUGAUUGCAGCCCUGGGCCCUGGCCCAUCCCCCUACCCACUCCCACCUCCCCCCGGGGGCACCAACUCCAACGACUACAGCAGCCAAGGCAACAACUAUCAGGGCCAUGGCAAUUUCGACUUCCCCCAUGGGAAUCCUGGCGGGACAUCCAUGAAUGACUUCAUGCACGGGCCCCCCCAGCUCUCCCAUCCCCCGGACAUGCCAAACAACAUGGCUGCCCUCGAGAAACCCCUCAGUCACCCCAUGCAGGAAACUAUGCCACACGCUGGCAGUUCUGACCAGCCCCAUCCCUCCAUACAACAAGGUUUGCACGUACCACACCCCAGCAGCCAGUCAGGGCCUCCAUUACAUCACAGUGGGGCUCCUCCUCCUCCUCCUCCUCCUUCCCAGCCUCCCCGGCAGCCGCCACAGGCCGCUCCCAGCAACCAUCCACACAGCGACCUGACCUUUAACCCCUCCUCAGCCUUAGAGGGUCAGGCCGGCGCGCAGGGAGCGUCCGACAUGCCGGAGCCUUCACUGGAUCUCCUGCCGGAACUCACAAAUCCUGACGAGCUCCUCUCUUAUCUGGAUCCCCCCGACCUUCCAAGCAAUAGCAACGAUGACCUCCUAUCUCUCUUUGAGAACAACUGAAGGCCACCCCUCCACUGGGGCCAUCCCUCCCCACUCUGCCUCCUACCCCGUCUGUCCCACACACUUUUCCACCCGGGAGCCCAUGCCUCAGGCUGCCCCUCACAGGGACCACAGGCUGGAGGGUGAGCAGGGUGUACCCGGAAGGCCUGUGAGUCUGCAGCCCGUGUCUCCCGAAUGCCCUGGGCAGGGGCCCAUGCCCAGAGCAGGCCCCGGGAUGACCCCCACUGAGGGGGGCCCGGCCCAGCAAGAGGCUUGUGCUGAUGGCGGCUAAAGGUCCCUCUGUCUGUGCUGACUCCAGAUGACCUUCCAGUGUCCCCAAGGGUUCUUCCACUUUCUAAACUGUAGCCCUGCCUCCCUGCUUCCCAGCCCAGAGCUUCCUGCAAGUGAUUGGAGCCUGAGAGAAGGCCCCCAAAGACCUGGGGAACCCCAAACUUUGGAGAAGCAGUGACAGUUGGCAGCAGGGGAAUGGCCUGCCCCCCACCACCCACCACAGAAAAGCACAAACCUCUGGGAAGGAGAACAUCUCAGAGGCCAAAGGUCAUCACUUUGGCCUCUGACCUCUAAGCCAAGAUACCCUGUAAACUUUCUCAGAAAGCAGAGAAAAAGGACAAGAUUCUGUGUCUGAGAGGGUCUGCCAUUCCUGCUUGGGGACUGGUGGGAAAGGAGAUCAGGGCCUCCCGGGAGACAGGACGAGGCAUUGGAGGGUUUCACAACCUUUUGGACUCAGUUCAAGGCUCAGCCUCAGAGGGCAGAGAGUACACCCAACCCAAAUGAUUAUGCCCCUGGAGGGGGGUGUGGGGUUGCCACCAGCCAGAGUCAAAUAGGGCAGCCGCUUACAACUCUGCUCCAAGCUACUCCCUGAUUGGAGAUGGCCACAUGGAAAGUCCUGAAGUCACCUGGAGGAAAGGAAGAUUGCACUUGGACAGCAAGCAGUUUCCCUCCACGUGUGCUGGUUCCUUCCUGUGGCCCGUCUCCUGCCUCUCCAAGACUGUUCCAUGGGACACCCGCUUCCCUCUGUGUCCUCGUUCCAUUUGUCCAGCCAGACAGCAGUGGUAACUGGUGGAGAGGUGGGGCAGGCGCAAGGGCGGCUCGGGUGAGGCCUGCACUGGAGCUGGGCAGCAGGUGGCCAGUGCACCCGCAUCUCUCCCCAUGCUCAAAGCUGCCCCUGGCUCCAGCCCAGCCAUCGCUGAGUGCACCUGGACAGCCCUGCAGGCAACUCACGGUGUGAGUGUCCGUGUGGCCGCCAGCCUGCUCUUGGCAUCCCCCUCCACCCGCAGCUCCGCACACACUCCUGCUCCCUCUGGUCUUCCUCCACUGCUUCACUCCAUCUGGCUUAGGUGUCCCCUGGGAGCUUGUCACAUGUCCACUUUGUUCCAGGCUGAUCUGUGCCCCUGAGCCUCAUGGCAUGUGGGGAUGCUAGAGUGUCCCCUCACCUGGGUCCUAGCUAUAAAUUCUUGGCGCCCUUCUUGCUGCUGCCCAGGGCCCUUGCCUGCCCUCCCGUCCACUCUUGGUAUCCUCAUUUGCCAUCAAUCUCCCAGUCUCCCUCUGGGCGGUGGGUGGUCUCCAGCACUCUUCUGCGGAUUAUACCAGAAAGGUGGCCUCAGCUGUUGACUUGCAGUCACCGUACCAAAUGGCACAAGGUUUUCUGUAGGAAAGCUGCCAUCGCCCCCGCCCUUUUUCUUCCUUUGUCCCCGUUGUCAAGGUUUUUUCAAACAGUGUGUUGUUCAGUAUGCAAAUCAAUUAUUUUAAGAAUCGCUUUUGUAAAUAUCUUUGUGAAUAUUUUAGUAUUGUCUUUGAUAAUAUUCAACAUUUUCAUGACCUGGUUAUAGCCUUUGCUGGUGUUUUUAAAAUACCUUGACUCAACAACAAAAACUCGAGUCCUUUUUUUUUUUUUUUAAAAAAAACAAACAAACAAACAAAAAAAGAAACCAGGGCUAUUUGUACAGAUGAGGGACGAAUAGAACGGGUGGCUAGGCUGGGAGUCGGAAGACUAGGCAGUUCACAGUUGAGAGCCAUACCCAGUGGGCUUCUGGGUACAAGAUCAUGCCAGGUGGUGUUGUGGCCGUCCCUGCACAGGGCCUGUGGCCUGGCGGGAAGCCAUGGUCUAGGUUGGACCAUCUGGAAUGUUCACCUUCAGACAGACUGACAGACGCCUGCCUUAGAUGAUCCUGCUUCCUGCCAUGAUCCUUUGCCUUGACAAGGCCUGGGACCCUGCUGGUCCUUUUCACUGYGUGCCCAGAUUCCGCCCACAGACCCAUCCACAGCGUUAGUGGAGAAGCCGUAGAUGUGCUGGCAGUGAGGCCUCCAGGCCCCUCUCCUGGCCAUCUCUGGGCUGGACACCUCAGGCUGGUUUCCUAGGCCCCCUCCCAAGCAAGCCUCCACCAGCUAGUUCAUUCAAGAGCUUCCUUGUGGACGGCACUGCCCGAAGCCCACCCUCCAGGGACAUCCCCCUCCCACAGUAAUUUUGGAGCUUGUCUUGGGUAUGAGGGAGGAGCAACAACAUCUGGGGCAGGAACUGUCCCUUAGUAGUGACCGAUGCACAUAAGAGCAACAUCUGUAAGCAGAGGCAGGCCUGAGCUCUGGAAAGAUAUUUCCCUGAUCCUUUCAGAUGACAACUUGGAGCCAUAAGUAACCUCAAAAAAAAAAAAAAACAGGCCUCAGCAAGCCACGUUUCCAUGAUACGCAUCGACCCACCCCAUAGGCACGUUUCUGCCACCUCUCCACAAAGGUGGAGUGGAAGGCAGCCGGCAGACGGAAAGAGCCCCCUGUGGGCCAUCACCCCAUCUUCUUGGUUUGAAGCUUUAUCCAUGUAUCAUGUUCCCUGUAGMCAUUUUAUUUUUGAAGAAACUUCUAAUGCUUUCUCCCUAAUGGAGGCCCUAACACCCCCACCCCCACCCCC